UCAUUGCGUAAAAUGUAAAGUUCUAACCUACAAAAAGUCUUGUGAUUUCAGUUGUUUGUUGUUUUGUAAAAAAUUCUAACAGUGCAAUUUGGUUGUUGAACAUCAUUUUAUAAAAAUGAGUAAAAAAAUAUUUAAUUAUUUGAUUGGUGUUCCAAUCAGUGAAUUAAGAGACAACAAAUUACCUACAUAUCGGGAUGUCAUUAAUCUUUUUAUUUACAAGCACACAAUAUUAAAUUUGACAAUCAGACAGAGCUCGACCAAUACUAUUUGUGAAUUAAAUAACGUUUGGUAUAAAUUUUCAAUUCCUACUAGUCGCUGCCAAUACAACAUAAAAAAAUUGGAAAGUUUCUAUCAACUCUACCAAAAUUUGAAGAAAAAUUCACGAGGAAAAAAAACACCAAUACAUAUCGAAAAAAUAAAGGGUUUUAAAACUAAAUUAGAUAAAUUGUUCGAUAUUUCACAAUCAUCUGAAGUAGAAAAUUUGCCAAGUGACAUAAAAUCAUUUUUAUUAAAAAGUCGUGAAAGAGGUGGUUACAGAUGCUCGACUCUAGUCACUAACGAAAUAUCAAAUGUCAACCAGGAGCCUCCAGAACAACACGAAGAAAACACAGAAGACGAUAAUGAAAAUGAUUGCAAUACAAAGAAUUUGAGUCGAAAGUUGAGCCAAUUUUCAUUAUCUUCUCAAAGCAAACAGUCUUCAGAUAUAAGUGAUAAUAAAAGAGUCCAUUCGGACUUUGAAGAUGAAUUACCCAAAGCAAAAAUCAGAAAAAUCAGCUUCAUCACUCCGGAAUUAGUUGCAGCGUUGGAUAGAACACAAAUUACCGAUAGACAAGCAAUGUUUAUCAUUUGUGCUACUUUAGACAGUCUUGGCUUAGAUGUAGAUGACUACUGCGUAAGUCAUAGUACAAUACAUAAUCAUCGCAAAAAAUUUCGAAACAUUAUCGCUGAAUCGAUAAAGGAAAAAUCAAAUUUUCCAAAAUGUCUAACUCUGCACUGGGAUGGAAAAUUACUUUCGACAAAUUCUUCGACAUCUAAAGUAGAGAAACUUCCAAUUUUAGUCACUGGUAUUAAUACUGAAAUGUUGCUGGAUGCGCCAAUACUUUAUGAAUCAACCGGUGUUGAACAUGCUGAAAUGAUCCAUGAAGUUCUCCUUCAAUGGAAUGUGCAGGACAAGAUUAAAGCUCUGUGUUCUGACACCCCCAGUGUUAAUACCGGCUGUAUGAACGGUACUUGCACACUAUUAACGGAAAAAUUAGGAAGAGAGGUAUUAUACUUUGCUUGUCGUCACCAUACACAUGAAAUAAUGUUGAGGAAAGUUGUAGAAACUGCUUGGCCUGCAACAAAUAGUCCCAAUGUGCCAAUCUUCAAACGAUUUCAAACUGCGUGGGAACAAAUUGACAAGUCAAAGUUUAAAAUUGGUGUAGAAGAUGAAAACAUAAAAAUAACUUUGCUUGAAAUAAAAGACGAAAAAGUUAUUUUUCUUGAUGACCAGCUUAAGUUAAACCACUCAAGAGAUGAUUACAAGGAACUAUUGAUGCUUUGCAAAAUCUUUCUGGGUGCUGUGCCAAGGAGUGAAGUGAAAUUUCGAGCUCCUGGUGCAAUGCACCAUGCCAGGUGGCUUUCCAAAGCUCUUUACAGCUUCAAAAUGUACAUGUUUAGAAGUGAAUUCCAAAUGAGACCGUCAGAAAUUUCUUCCCUGCGUGAGAUUUGUUGUUUUCUUACGUUCUUUUACAUUGAAGCUUGGUUUGAAGCACCCUGUGCGAUUAAAGCUUCUAACAAUGAUCUCGAACUGUUUAAAAGUUUGCUUAAAUAUCAAAAAGUGCAACCUAAAAUUGCGGCAGCUGCACUGGAAAAGUUAAGCUUACAUCUUUGGUAUCUCCACGAAGAACUGGUGUGCUUGGCUCUGUUUGACUCUAAUGUGACACGAGAACAAAAAUUAAAAAUUGUAAACUCCACUAAAGCCAAUAAAUCGUUUAAUAUAAAAGGUAAACGUCCUCAAAUAACGCAGAAGUUAUUUGAUACAUUGGAAACAAAAGAAAUUUGUGAUUUUGCUAGCAAAAAGUCAAUUUUUCUUUUCGAAGCAUUCGAACUACCGUACGAGUUUAUUUAUAAUGACCCCGAUAGUUGGGAAUCCGAUGAGGACUACAAUGAAUGCUUAAAAACUUUUUCAUCUUUGAAAGUGGUGAAUGAUGUUGCUGAAAGAGGUGUAGCUUUGGCGGAGAAGUAUAAUGAUUGUUUAACGCGAGAUGAAGAGGAGAGAAAAAAUAUUCUGCAAGUUGUUUAUAAUCACAGAAAAAAUUAUCCUAACUGUAGCAAAAGUGAACUAAAAAUCCGAUAAAAGUAAAAUUGCUCUACAAGUAUAAUAUUAAUCCGAUUAAUAACUAAAUAAUAAUUGAUUUAAGUUACAUGUUUAAUAUUUGAAUACAUAAAGUCUUUAAUUUAAAUAUAAUUUUCUUUUUAUGAUGAUCAAAAAACGUUACAUACAACAAUUGAGUUGAAUGU